AUUUACUUGCAAGUCUGCUAAUAAUAUAUAACACAAUGGAUUUACUCAAAUUGAAAUUGAAUCGAAGCUCACGCACUCAAAGGACUUCCAACAACAUGCAACUAACAACUUCCUCCACCGGCAUCAGCUUCGCCUGGCAACGCUAUUUAGCGCUAUGCACUGUGCUGUUGCUGGCGGCGCAUAUCAAUAUUACAGCCGGUCAAAUCGAUUGGGAUGAUGACGAUGAUCCAGUCUCUACUGUCGCCGUGGAGGCUGUGCUAGGACGCACUGCCUCGCUGCCCUGCGACAUUGAACCGGAAGCUAAGGACGAUCGUGUGUACAUGGUGCUUUGGUUUCGUGAGAGCGCCGGCAAGCCGCUGUACAGCUUUGAUGUGCGCGGCAGGCCAUUCGAGAAGGCGCUCUAUUGGUCAGAUACAAACUCAUUUGGGCCACGUGCGUAUUUUGUUACCGCACAGCAGCCGGCGAAGCUAUCUGUGGACAAUAUACAACUGGAUGAUGAGGGUGUUUACCGCUGUCGCGUGGACUUUCAGAACUCGCCAACGCGCAAUCAUAGAAUUAAUUUAACGGUUAUUGUUCCUCCGCAUCAAAUACUCGUAUACGAUGCUUCGGGCCGUGAUGUUGCUGGCGCUGUGGGUCCAUUGCUCGAGGGCGAUAAUAUUGUGUUGACAUGUGAAGUGCGUGGCGGUCGACCGGAGCCCACUGUAACCUGGUUAAAUGGCACACGCAUAUUGGAGGCGGGCAGCGGCGUUUCAAUGGGUCGUCAUGUAACUGUCAAUCGCUUGGAGGUGCCACAAAUAACGCGCGCAGCGCUCAACAAUACUUAUCGCUGUCAGGCCUCAAACACCAAACUGGUGGCGCCUGUAGAGCGCAGCAUACGCAUUGAAAUGUUAUUGCGACCCACGUCAGUCAAUUUGACCAACAAGCUCAAGGUAUUCUCUUCAAGCACACAAUAUAAUCUCACCUGCAUUGUCGCUGGCUCGGUGCCUGAUACCGAAAUCAGAUGGACACAAAAUAACAGACCCUUCAAACGUGGCACGCUGUCCACAAGUCAAGGCAACGGACGCGUGCUAUCCACUUUGUCAUUUUAUCCGCAACCCGAAGACGACGGCACCAUGCUCAAGUGCGAAGGCUCCAAUCCACGUUUGCAGAACUCGGCCAUUGAGGAUUCGCUUAUGCUCAAUGUUAUGUAUCCGCCACAGGUAACACUAUCGCUGGGCUCGACGCUGCGUCCCGAUGACAUCAAAGAGGGCGACGAUGUCUACUUUGAGUGCCACAUUAAAGCGAAUCCCAAGGAGCAUCGCAUCACCUGGUCACAUGAUGGCUUACCUGUCACUCAGAACGUUUCCUGGGGCAUCAUUAUAUCCACGCGCUCGCUGGUGUUGCAACGCGUGGGACGUGUGCACUCCGGUUUCUAUGCCUGUGCCGCUGCCAAUGAUCGAGGUGAAACGCAGAGCGCAUUGGUUAAUCUACGCAUUCGCUAUGCGCCUGUUUGCAGCAGCAAUGUGAUUGGCGUUAUUGGCGCCUCCUUGGAGGAGGCUGUGCCCAUACCCUGUCGCGUCAACUCGGACCCCGCUGACAUAGACUUCGAAUGGACGUUCUCCAGCAGCGGCGAGCACUUUGAGGUGCCAUCUGGACAUUAUGCUACUAUACAGGAUCCCACAAUGACCACCAGCAGCGAUGUGAAACGCACCAUUGUUGAGGCCAAUGAAACUCACUUCGAAAGCUAUGUCGAAACAGUCAGCGAGCUCAUCUAUACGCCCAAGGGAGAACGCGACUAUGGCACUUUGGCUUGUUGGGGACGCAAUGUCAUUGGCAAGCAAUCGGAGCCUUGUCUAUUUCAGGUGGUGCCAGCAGCCAAGCCUGGUGCGUUGCGCAACUGUACACUGCGUCCAUAUGUGGUGACCUCGGCAUCGUUGAAUUCAUCGAAUCAGACGACAAUGCAUGGCAAUCAAAUGUUGCAAACACAAUACGGCAGACACGAUGCGAAUUAUCCGCACAUGGAAUACGUACGUGAGCGUAAUGGUAAUAAAACUCAUGCUGCAACAGCAGCUGGCCAUAAAAUGUCCGGCAAUAACAAAAUCUAUAUGAAAAGCAAAAUAAAUGCUGUCAAUAUGAAAUCUAAUAAUAAGCAAGCGCAGCUAAAAUAUCAGCAGCUGAAUCAGGAGCAGUUGUUGCGCUUAAAAAAGCGCACAUCAUUUACACCAACGCAAACAUUGGCGGCCAUAGAAAAACAGCGACAACUCAAGCUACAGCAGCAGCAGCAACAGCAGCCCACUGGCAAGGGCGUGGCAGCGUCACAUAACAAAACUGAUGGAUUAUCAAUGAAGCUUAAAACGGACAAUAAGCGGCGAGUGCGGCGACAAAGUAAACAGCAGCCAGUAAGCAAACAGCUACGGGCAACAGCAGCAGCAGCAAAAACGGCAACGGCAACAGCCAAGAAAAUCAAAAAGCUGCAUGCAACAAAAUCAAAUUUAUCAUUGUCACAUAAAGAACAGGCUGAAAUUGUUGCACGCUACAAUGUUAAAAGCAACAAAAGCAAGCUGCCUGCCAAGUAUUUUAAUAAGCGACAGAAAAACAUGCAGCAGCAACAACAGCAACAUAAACAUAGCGAGGUAAACAAGCGCAGCAGCAUAAUCCAUCAUUUAGCUGCAGCAACAGCAAGCCGAAGAAAACGUCAGACAGUCCAUGACAAUAUAGACGCAACAGCAGCAGCAGCGGCACAAGCAGCAGCAGCAGCAGCAAUAUCAACAGCCACAACAGCAAUGGCAACUACCAGAGCCGCCGCUGGCAAAGAUAUUGAUGUUGAUAGCAGCAGCAGCAGCGGCGAUAUUGACAGCAUGUUGGCUACAAUACGUUUCCAGGACAAUGCUGGCAAGCGACUGCUGCCGCCGAAUGCGCCGCAAAUUAGCAACCAGCCUGCGCCAGCAGCAGCAACAGUAGCUGCAAUUAGCAGCAAUAAUGAUGCAGCAGUGGCAACAACAACCAAAGAUGUUGCCAAGUCAAACAUUGAUAAAGUCAGUGCUUCGUUGUCUGCAGCCAAGAACAAUGCAGCAACUUUGGCCGACAUGGAAGCGGACAAUGAUGACAACAAUGACAAUGCAGACGACGAUGAUAAUGAUGAAGACGAAGACGACAACGACAACGAGGACGAUGAGGCUGACGAAGAUGCUGCCAUCACAGCAGCAGCUGCUGAGCUGGCGGCUGCUAAUGAUGAUGCUGACUAUUUGGCAGACGAAACUAGCGACUUGCUGGACUAUGAGGCGGGCGAUCUAACAGCGCUGGAGCAGCAGCUGCAGCUGGACAGCUUGGAGCAAGAUGAUGUUGCAGAUGCUGCUGCUGCUGACGCUGAUGACGAUGAUAACUACAAUGUUAGCGACGAUGACUUUGUAGCAAGUAUUGCGCUAACAACAGCGGACACUACGACAACAACUAAAACGACGACGACGACGACAACUACAACGACGACAGAGCAGCCAGAGCAGCUGCCUACAGCGCUGCCCGCAGCCUGGCAGCAGCCACAUUUCGAUUACUCACGCAUGGAGUACAGCUUCAGCAACGGCGUCGUCACACAAAGCCUCAUUGGCGGUGGCGCCAAUGGCUAUGAUGGCAAUACAGCAGCUGCUGCUGGUGGCGGCACUAUUAAUUUCGACAACUAUGACAACAUUAUCUAUUCCACAAUGGAGUUGGAGUGCAUGCCUGGCUAUGAUGGUGGCCUGCAGCAGCAGUUCUAUUUGGAGGCCUAUGAUUCAAAGACCAAGAAGCUGCGACUUAAUAUGAGCAGCACCUAUGUGGAUAUGCCAGUGUUUCGCAUUGAUUUAACGGAUCUAACGCCCAUGGAUUACUAUCCGGAUGCGCAUCCAGCAUUGCAUUUGGUUGUCUACAGUGUUAAUCAGAAAGGACGCUCCGAGCCCAUUGUGCUAGAAAAUGUGCCCAUCAAUGAGGCGGACAAGCGUACAGAUGGACGCAUGGGCUUAUCCAUAUUGCCCCUGGCUGCGCUCUUGACUGGCACGUUGUUUACCGUUGGCAUUGCCGUAUUAUUUGUAGUGGUCAUUGCAGUGCGUCGACGUCGCUGUCAAGGUGCACGCAACUUGUGCGAUGACAAGGACAAGCAUUUGGGCAUGGAUGUAACGGUAACGGCGCCGCUGGAAACAGGCGCUGGACAUCAGCGGCUAGUGGUUGCCUAUACGCUGAAGCAGGGCAUUGAAAAGCAGCCGGACAUACUGAGCGCACAAAAAAGCGCAACUGGCAGUGACACAUCGUCACCUUUGGGAAAUCGACAAAGUGGUUUAUUUAUGGGUGGAGGCGGCGGAGGCGGCGGUGUCAACUCUGCAGCAAAUGCGUCCAACAGCGCUGCGAAUCAUAAAGCCGUAGAUUAUGAUGUGAAUGCGCCGCACCUGAACAGCCCGCCCUCGCAGUCAAGCACACUGAAACUGGAAAGUGACAAUGCCAAAAGUUAUCAGACAGCAGCGCCAGCGGCAACAACGCUGCUGUACGAUGCCAUGCCCACGCUCAGUCGCUACGAGCAAUUGGGCUUGAACAUGCCCAGUUAUGCUGCCGGCGCAGUUGGUAGCAACAGCACGCUGAGCUCGUCUGGCAGCACAGGCGGCGCCAGUCAUUAUGGGCAACAUUUGCAUCAUACACUGCCACAUGGUGGAGGAGUGGGUGCGUCGCAGCCCUCGAGCAGUCUGCCACGUGUGCGUGAUCCGUUAACUUUGGCGGAUUACCUCAACACCAGCAGUCUGAUUGACUACAAUCUGAGCAAGGCUGCUGCGCCGCUGCCCACGCACAUGACGUUACCCAAGGGCCUAAGUGGUCUGCCCAGCAGCAGCACAAGCAUAUCGCCCUCGCCAUCACAGCUUACAACCAUCACACAAAAAUCAAAUGCUGGACGCAAUCAUAUCAUUACCGAUACGCUGCCCGGACCGGAGAGCUGUGUCUAAGCACAGACAAGCAGCACUAAAGGGGGCGAGGCGUUUAAAUGAAAAAGACUGGCGUCAAAAAUAGAGCAGAGAACGAUUAUAAAGCGUAGAACGAAGCAAGCUAUCGGCUGAUAGCUUAGCCUAGGCAAUAGUUAUACUAGUUGUGCAGGCAUUAAAAUUCUCAUUGUUAGACUUAAAAAUAGAAAAUGUAGUAUGUAAAGUUGUCAGGCCAGCUAAUGCGUUAUCGAUGCUAUCGAUUCAUUUUCGACUGCCAGCGAUAGUUUCAAGUCUAUCGUAAUACUAUCCAUUCAUGUAAUUCACUAAUUCAAUAUACAACUUAUUAGUUAUUAUCGAUAGUAUCAAUAACGCUAGUUGCACAACUCUCUCUGUAUUAGACUAAGUCAAUGUAUAUGUGUAUAUGUAUUUGUAAACGUGUGUGCAUGUCUGUUUUUAUAUAUGUUUAGUCUAGUUAUAAUCUAUAGUGUGCUAUACUUCAAGCCUGAGCAUUUAGCAACAACAAUUUACAUUAAUCAGCAUAUUGAGUGUUUAAGUAAGCGCCUAAUUAACCAAAAAACUAAGAAACUUUUAAACAUUAUAGCUCGUAGUAAAUUGUUGUAAAGCGGGUUCCUAUAAACAAUCAUUUGUGCAGCCAUCAUUUAGUUGUUGCUAAAAGCUCAGGCUUAAAUCCAUACCGUCUUGUUGAAUUGCUGUGUACUUCCAGUCAAAAUCCAAACCAAACUGUGUUGCUGUUAAAUCAAUAUCUUACCAUUUUCUUGGCUCACCAAAAACACACACACAUAUCCCUCACUCGAAGAAGAAAAACAAAAACUGAGCCUAUAUAACGCAACUUGACCGCAACUAUUUGAACAACUGACCCCAAGAUCAAAGCAAACCGCACACAUACUUAGACAGCCCAAGGGUAAAAGUUAUAUUGAACACGUCUUGCGCCAUUGCGUGCCCAGUGCGCUGGUCAUUAUUUAACUUUUAAACACGCGCCAACAAAAGUGUUCCAACAGAUUUGAAUUUAAUGUCGUAGCAGCAGUCACAGCCAACAAGUGAGCAAUAAAAGAAAGUUUAGAAAAAUAUGCGAUAAGCAAAAAACUCACACCACCCCCCACUUGGCUACAUAAUAAGCUCACGAACGAUUGAAUGCAUAUAAAAAUAUAUAUAUAUAUAAAAAACUGGGCACGGGCUUUGUGCGCACGAUAGCGCUAAAAUGAUGACAAUAAAUGGAAAAGUUUUUAAUAAGCCAAUAAAAUGAUUUAUACGGGCGAAUAUAAGCUGAAAAAUUGGACACCACUCAGCAAGGUUUAUUUAGGACUAGAACUGUUGCUGCUGUUGCUAACAACGAAAUUCCUUGGGUCAGUUGUGUUCUAAAUAGUUGCGGCAGUUCGAAAAACUUUUAAUUAGCAUACAAGAUUUUUAACAAUUAAGCUGCCUUUUAAAAAGGCUUCUAUUUGGGCAUUUGUUAUCAACGCAUGUUUGCAUAUCAGUAAUGCACAAAAAAA